AUGGCGGACCUCCCGGCGCAUGCCUCGCCCAAACUUCCCCCGCAAUCCCACCCUCCCACGAGCAGCGGACCAGAUGCCUUACCAGACGAUGCGAGCCAAGGCAGUGGCAUUACAACAGGUCAACAGACUCCGGCCCUUCCUAAUUCACUUUUGUCGCCUGCUUUCACCCCGCCUGCAACGCCUGGGGGCACAUUAAACUUGACCUCGAAUCCGACUAAAGCCCUCCACGAAAGCCAAGCUGCGAGUAUUCGACACCAAGGAGAACAUACCAAAGCACCUAAAUUGCUGUCACAGCUUCCGCAAGUGGAAUGUAUUGUGCGAGCGCGAAUUCCGACGACAAAUGGUGCGGAGAUGUUCCUACACCUCUAUCAUAACGACAUGGAUAAUAAGGAGCACUUGGCCAUUGUGUUCGGUAACAAGAUCCGCAGUCAAAGCUUGGAUCGCGUGUAUCCCGGGGAGACCGAGAUGGACCGCAUGAUCCGCGGCGCAUACGUGGGCAAAUUGCACCCGGGCCGGGUCAGCAGUUGGUUUGAUGACGAGAAGAAUGCCGAAUCGCAAUCAGAAGGUCAGACAAAAGUCGAGCCACCACUGGUCCGAAUCCACUCCGAGUGCUAUACCGGUGAGACGGCAUGGUCAGCUCGAUGCGAUUGUGGUGAACAACUGGACGAAGCCGCACGAUUGAUGUCUUUCCCGGUUGAAGACUUGUCGUCCGAUGCACCCCCAGAAGCCCAAUCUCUCAGAUCUCAUUCUGCGGGAGGUGUUAUCAUCUAUUUGCGACAGGAGGGCCGAGGAAUUGGAUUGGGAGAGAAGCUGAAGGCAUACAAUCUUCAGGACUUGGGCUCUGACACCGUCGAGGCCAACCUUCUGCUGCGGCAUCCUGCGGAUGCCCGCAGCUAUGGAUUGGCGACAGCCAUGCUGAUGGAUCUCGGAUGUGGCGCGGAUGUGAACCCGGAUGGCGUUCGCUUGCUCACAAAUAACCCCGAUAAGGUCCGCGCCAUUGAGGGUCCCAAUCGGGAAGUGCUGGUCAAGGAAAGAGUCCCGAUGAUUCCCCUUGCCUGGCGCACUGGUGGACAACGGGGAAUCAAAAGCUCUGAGAUUGAGGGUUACCUGAAGACUAAGAUUUCAAAAAUGGGCCACAUGAUCCAAUAA